AUGGCCGCUCUCUUUGCCAACAGUCUGGCUCUGCAGCCCUCAGCCAACGAAACCGGCCUCAGCAGCUCACUCUUCCUCUACCAGCCCGCCAUGUAUGCCCUAUCGUCGCUCCUGCUCGUGGGCGCCUGUGCCGUCCAGGCCGUCCUCGGCCGUCACGAUGCCGUCCGCGCCCGGAGGGAGGCCGAGAUUGUCAAGCGCUCAGUCGACUCGUUCAUCCAAACCGAGACGCCCAUUGCUUGGAACGCCCUGCUCUGCAAUAUCGGCACCAGUGGCUGUGCUGCUUCCGGCGCCGCCUCGGGCGCAGUCGUUGCGAGUCCCUCCAAGAGCAACCCCGACUACUGGUUCACGUGGAGCAGAGACAGCGCUCUGGUCUUCAGGGGUAUCGUCGAUGCUUUCACCGAAAGCUACGACCCAAAGCUCCAGACCCAGAUCCAGAACUACAUUGCUUCCCAGGCCAAGCUCCAGGGCGUCUCAAACCCCUCGGGCUCCUUCUCCAACGGCGCUGGUCUGGGCGAGCCCAAGUUCAAUGUUGAUCUGACCCAGUUUACCGGAGCAUGGGGACGUCCCCAAAGAGACGGCCCUCCGCUCAGGGCCAUCGCCCUCAUCGGCUAUGCCAGGUGGCUGAUCAACAACGGCUACUCCAGCACCGCCUCGAGCGUUGUUUGGCCUGUCAUCAAGAAUGAUCUCGCCUACACCGCCCAGUACUGGAACCAAACCGGCUUUGAUCUAUGGGAAGAGGUCCAGGGAAGCUCCUUCUUCACCAUUGCCAGCUCUCAUCGCGCGCUGGUUGAGGGUGCUGCUCUUGCGUCGCAGCUUGGCACCACGUGCGCCGCCUGCACCACUGUUGCGCCCCAGGUUCUGUGCUUCCUUCAGCGCUUCUGGUCGUCGUCCGGCUAUGUCGUCUCCAACAUCAACGGCGGAGGUGGCAGAAGUGGCAAGGAUGUCAACUCCAUCAUCACCUCGAUCCACAACUUUGACACAACCGUUGGUUGCGACGUGAACACAUUCCAGCCGUGCAGCGACAAGGCCCUGGCCAACCACAAGGCCGUCACCGACUCUUUCCGGUCCGUCUACGGAGUCAACUCGGGUCUCGCCCAGGGUGUUGCCGUCGCCGUUGGCAGAUAUUCCGAGGACGUCUACUACAAUGGCAACCCUUGGUACUUGGCCACUCUUGCCGCGGCCGAGCAGCUCUAUGAUGCACUCAUCGUGUGGAAGCAGCAGGGCUCCGUUACCAUCACCUCGACCUCGCUGGCUUUCUUCAAGGACCUUGUGCCGUCGGCUGCCGUCGGCACAUACAGCUCCACCACCUCAACAUACACGUCGGUCAUCAAUGCCGUCCAAACAUAUGCCGAUGGCUACAUGAAUGUCGUCGCCAACCGCGCCCAGUCGAACGGGUCCAUGGCCGAGCAGUUUGACCGGUCGAACGGCCAGCCCGUCUCUGCUCGCGAUCUGACCUGGUCGUACUCUGCGUUCUUGACUGCUGCCGCUCGCCGCGCUGGUGUCGUUCCUCCGUCCUGGAGCGCCUCGUCUGGCAACACGGUUCCGGGCUCCUGCUCGGGUCUUUCCGUUGCCGGCUCGUACACCUCGGCCACCUUGACUUCCUUCCCGGCCUCGCAGACUCCCAUCUCGGGCACGCCGACCCAGACGGGCACCACGCCGACGCCUACCGUCUGCGCCUCCGAGGUAAUUGUGACCUUUAACGAACUGGCGACGACCACUUGGGGCCAGAACAUCAAGCUUGUCGGAAAUAUCGCCGCCCUCGGGAACUGGAACACCGCCAGCGCCAUCGAACUCUCGGCGUCCGGGUACACGAGCAGCAACCCGCUGUGGACCGCCUCGGUCGUCCUCCCUGCCGGCCAGACCAUCCAGUACAAGUUCAUCAAGGUGCAGCCGGACGGCUCCGUCGUGUGGGAGUCGGACCCGAACCGCAGCUACACUGUUCCGUCUAACUGCCAGACGACGGCUUCGACGUCUAGCAGCUGGAAGUAG